AUGUCUAUGGAAACAUACCACGGCCAUGUCAAGUCCGCCAUGGACGCCAUCAUCCUGUUCGAAGCAUGUCGGCUCGGAACGCUUCCCAGAGUGCAACGACGUCUCACAGAGAAAGAACGUCUCUCAAUUCGUUCUGGAUCUGUGUUUGUAUGGGACGAACGGGAGGCCGGAAUGCGCCGAUGGACAGACGGAAAGAGCUGGAGCGCCUCACGCGUCUCUGGCUCGUUUCUGACCUACAGAGAGAUGGAGGGAAGACGAGAAGGAGGAGAGGUGUAUCACGUGAGUGCAGGUCCAGUUGAGAAUGCCAACUCCGGUUCUGUUGAAUCGACUGGCGACUCAGCUAAUUCACCCUCAUCUCGUGACCCGUCACCUGACUCGAUCCAGCUCAUCACCACGCCAGAAGGAUACAGAUACAAGCCAGAUGGACUUAUGAAACAGUCCUUCAGUAUCACCACUUCUACAGACCUUCGUCUGCAUCUCAUUUCAUACUUCAACCGGUCAGCUACAGAAGACGGUUUAUUGCAGCCUUGUGAGGAUGAGAAACUGAAGAAGAUCAAGAUUCCCCCUGGCUUGUAUCCCGAUGCAAGUGCCUUGAUUGACCUCUACAACAACCCGAAAGGGAAGGGUGUGGGAAUGGGUAUGGCUGGAGGCGUGGCCGGAAAUCACGUGACCGGUCCAUCUCCUGGUAAUCCCAACACUGGACAUCCUAUUCAGGGUGGUCCUAACCCUGCUUUGGGUCAUCCUCAGCCCCAUCCUGGCCAGCCUCAUCCUGGUCAACCUCAUCCUGGUCAGCCACAUCCUGGUAAUGGUCACGGUCACUCGCACCCCGGCCAUGGUCCCAAUUCUGGACAUCCCGUUCAGGUAAACCAUGCUAACGCUGGUCACCCCUCCCAUCCCCACGGUGUCCAUAACAAUCCCCACGUGUAUGGACCGCCCCAGCACCAGCCCCAGCCCCAGCAGUACCAGCAGCACCAGGGUCACUUGGUUCAGCCCCAUUACUACCCUUCGCCUGGCCCUCACCCUGGUCCCCACCCUGGCCCACAUCCUGGUCCCCACCCUGGAGCUCACCAUGGGCAGCCCCAUCCCGGCGUGCACUACUACCACCCUAAUUCUAUGGCUCCUCCUGGGUACUAUCCCAGCCCAGAUCCAAACGGGUAUGCACCAGGUGGUCAUAUGCCCCAGCAGCCUAGUCACGUGCCUCCUCACAUGCAGCAACACCCUCCUCACGUGCAGCCUCCUCAUGCGCAGCCACCUCACGUGCAGCCACCUCAGCAACCGCAUGUGUCCCAUUCUCCUCGAAUUAGUGGACACGGACACGUUAAUGGUCACGUAAACGGCCAUGUGAACGACCAUAUGAAACAGGCCAGGUCUCCCCAUCCUAGCCACGUGACCCCCGGUCACCCUACCCCGCCUUCGUCUCACGUGACCAUCAAACAGGAGCAUGCGAUUUCCUCGCCCCGAGUUGUGUCUGCACACGUGAGCCACAACCCCAGUCCCGUGACCACGCCUCAGUUGAGUGCAACCCCGAAGAUGUCGCGUGUUUCGCCCAAGAGAGAGCAGCACAGUCCUGCGCUCAGUCCUCCUCACGUGACUGAUCGUGUGAGAAAGAACUCUACCAGCUCUGGACACGUGCGCAAACCAGCUCACACGAGAGCUGCUUCCAACGGGUCUGGCCAUAUGAGAACCUCAUCUAAUGGGUCUGGCUACACGAGCCCUAUUACUCACUCGCCUCACAUGACCAAGGUGUCUCCCCAUCUGAGCCAAGUGCCUCGGUCGUCACUUAAACGGUCAGGUUCGCCUGCCCUGCCUCCCUCCGCCAAAGAAGUCAAGCUGGAAUUGCCGUCUGUGGCGUCCCUAUUAAAAGCUCACGAUAUUCCCUACGAGAAGGUUCAGUGGGGAGAGGACACUAGGGCGAUUCAGGCGUUGGAUAAGGGCUUCAUGUGA